GGCCAGCACUCAGAGCCUCGCACCACAACCAGACCUCCGGUCCCGCUCCCUUGCCAUGAAGGGCCCCCUGCUCGGAGCCAUGUUCUCCCGGCACGUCAAGCGGCACCCCGGACUCGUUCCCCUCAUUGGCUUCAUCAGUGUUGGACUGGGCAGCGCUGUGCUGUACUUGCUCAGGCUGGCCCUGUACAGCCCGGACGUCAGCUGGGACCGAAAAAAUAACCCUGAACCCUGGAAUAAGCUGGGCCCCACGGACCAGUAUAAAUUCAUGGCGGUUUCCACCGACUACAAGAGCCUCAAGAAGGACCGGCCCAGCUUCUGAGCUGCUGCCUUGUGCCAGCCCCCCCCAGCACCUUCUGCAGCCCCCCC